AAGACGGCGAACGGGUCGACAAGUCGUCCACACGCGCGUCCCCGCCCGGGGGACGCCCGGCCCAGGGCCAGCCGGCUGACCUGAGCAACGCGCAGCCCGACGGAGACGGCCCAGGGCCCGGGAUCCCGGGCAUCCUCGUGUUGGCCACCCGCCCCUCCGCCCUCCGCGGCGAAGCGUGGAGUUCCUCCGAUGGCGGACGCUUCGUGAAGCGGAGGCUGGACCUGGAAACUGACCACCAGUACCUGGCCGAGAGCAGUGGACCGGUCCGGGGCAGAGGCCGCCACCCAGGAAAAGGUGUGAAAUCCCCAGGAGAGAAGUCACGCUAUGAGACGUCGCUGAAUCUGACCACCAAACGCUUCCUGGAGCUGCUGAGCCGCUCAGCUGAUGGUGUUGUUGACCUCAACUGGGCGGCUGAAGUGCUGAAGGUGCAGAAACGGCGCAUCUACGAUAUCACCAACGUCCUUGAGGGCAUCCAGCUCAUUGCCAAGAAGUCCAAGAACCACAUCCAGUGGCUAGGCGGCCACGCCACGGUGGGGCUCGGUGGGCGGCUGGAAGUGCUGACCCAGGACCUCCAGCAGCUUCAGGAGAGCGAGCAGCAGCUGGACCACCUGAUGCACGUCUGCACCACUCAGCUGCAGCUCCUGUCUGAGGACUCUGACAGCCAGCGCCUGGCCUAUGUGACAUGCCAGGACCUUCGUAGCAUCGCAGACCCUGCCGAGCAGAUGGUCAUGGUGAUCAAAGCCCCUCCUGAGACCCAGCUCCAAGCCGUGGACUCUUCGGAGACCUUUCAGAUCUCCCUGAAGAGCAAACAAGGCCCCAUCGACGUUUUCCUGUGCCCUGAGGAGAGUGCAGGUGGGAUCAGCCCUGGGGCCACCUCAUCCCAGGGGGCCGCUUCUGAGGAGGAGAACAGGGCUGCUGAUCCUGCCGCCACAGAGCCACCACUGCCAUCGUCUCCCCCCUCAUCCUCUGCCAUGGGUCCUGGCCAGUCUCCGCUCAGCCUAGACCAAGAACCGCUGUUGUCCCGGAUGGGCGGCCUGCGGGCUCCUGUGGAUGAGGACCGCCUGUCCCCGCUGGUGGCGGCCGACUCACUCCUGGAGCAUGUGCGGGAGGACUUCUCCGGCCUCCUCCCUGAGGAGUUCAUCAGCCUCUCCCCGCCCCCCGAGGCCCUCGACUACCACUUUGGUCUGGAAGAGGGCGAGGGCAUCAGAGACCUCUUCGACUGUGACUUUGGGGACCUCACCCCCCUAGAUUUCUGAUGGGGCCUAGGGGGGCCGGGGUCUCCUGAGAUGCCCACUCUGUCACUGCAGCUCUGGAGUCCCCUGCCCCUGGCCUUCCUCCCAGCCCGAUUGGAAAUGUUUAACUUAUACCCCUUUCUCCUAUGUCCAGUGGCUUCUAGAAGCUCUGGGGUCUGGCGACCGCCAGGAAGCUGAACAAGCCAGGAAGGGAAGGAUUCUGUGUUUGUGGUGUGUAUGUGCAUGCGCCCCACACUCCACACGUGUGUUCCCGGGGUGAGUGUGGUGUGUGAGCAUGUGUGUGCAUGUACCGGGGAAUGAAGGUGAACCCGUCUGUGCGUGCACUGCAGAUAUGCCCCAGUGUCCACGUGUGUGCGCAGGGCCACAUGUGGGUGAGGGGGCUCUAACUGCACUUUCGGUCUUUUUGCUCCGGGGACCCCGAAAGGCCCAGGGUGGCUGCCUGCCCCAGGAUUCAGCAUGUCGACCAGGCCAGGUGGGGAGGCCUUGGCUGGCUGGGUCUGCAGGACAGUGAGAGCACUUCUGUCUUAAAGGUUUUUCUGAUCGAAGCUUUAAUGGAACGUUAUUUAUUUAUCAAGGCCUUGUUGGCAAGCC